AUGUAGAGGGAGUAAGUUGAAUCAAAUAAAAAUAGAAAAUAUGAGAGAUUUAUUAUGAAUUAAUUAAUUAACAGUCAUAUGGGUUAAGCUAAUUGUGCUUGUGUUAAGACUGUCAAUUUUGAUCACAAUCAAAUUGAGAGUGACAAGAAAUUAAGAGUGAGCAGAAAAGAACAAUAAAUUGAAGAUGAGGAGAUUAAAUUAUUAAGAUGCAUUAUCAAGAUUUAAGCAUUAUUGAGAGGAUGGAUAGUCAGAAAGAAAUAUCAUUAUGUUUAGGUUCAAUUAUACAACAGCAAAGUGAACAAUAUCUUAAAAUAAUUCUCAUUAACACAUUUAUCCAAAUUCAGCAAAAUGGCUCCAUUUCCUUUCUCAGAACAUAGAUAUUAAGAUAAUGAAAGUGAGGCCUACGAAAAUAGAUUUUUUAGGAAUGCUGUCUUAUUGGAAAAUGGAGCAAUCUACAUUGGAGAAUGGUUUGGAGAUAAGAAAUUCGGAAAAGGCAUUCAAAUAUGGAAGGAUGGAUCAAUAUAUGAAGGCUUUUGGGUUAAAGAUAUGGCUAAUGGAAAAGGGAGGUUGUAUCACGCCAAUGGAGAUAUCUACGAUGGAGAUUGGGAAGAUCAUAAAUCUAAAGGUUAUGGAAUAUAUAUUCAUUCUGAUGGAGCUAGAUAUGAAGGUAAUUGGAAUAAUGAUUAAUAAAAUGGAUUUGGUAUUGAAAUCUGGCCAGAUGGAGCAAAACAUGAAGGAGAAUACUAGAAUGGAGUUAAACAUGGAAAAGGGAAGUUUGUUUGGGCUGAUAAAGCUUAGUAUUGUGGUCAAUUCUUAAACAAUCAGAUUAAUGGGAUAGGCAGAUAUUCUUGGCCUGAUGGUAGAAAGUACUGUGGAGAAUGGCUAAAUAAUAAGAUGCAUGGUUUAGGCCUAUUUUAAUGGAGUGAUGGAAGAGUCUACAUUGGUGAAUAUAUAGAUGACAAAAAGCAUGGAUAAGGAAUUUUCGAAUGGCCUGAUGGUAAGAAAUAUAUUGGAUUUUGGGCUGAAGGUAAAUAACAUGGGAGAGGCAUCUUUAUAGCUGGGUAAUAAAGAAAAUAAGGGGAAUGGAAAAAUGGGAAUAGGGAAAGAUGGAUCAUUUUUGAUUCAGAUAACGAAUUGGAUUUAAUGGAAAAGAAGAUGUCACAGCUAAAAGUGUAAUAUUCUUAAAUUACUGAAACACAACUAUUAGAUAAAUCAAAAAAGGCAUUGCCAUUGCCUAAUAAUUCUUUAAUUAAAGGAGAGAAGUUCAAGCCUCUUCAGAAUCAUAAUUCUUGA